AUGCCAGACGGGGCUGAGGGACAGCCUGGUGGAAGUGUGAGUGUGGAAGAGAAGACGAAUGCUGGACGCCAGAAGGUGUAUCCAGCCAACUUUGUGGAAGAGGAGUUGGAUGAAAUUCACUAUGCAGCUGAAGAAGAAUGUGAUGAAGAGCAAGCCUUAGCCAUGCUCAUCGAGGAAGGUGAUGAGACAGCACUUGCCAUACAAGAGUUCGAGGAUCAGGUGAUCCAUGCUUGCCACUGGAAGGAUGAGUGCCCGCUGAAGGACAAGAAUGUGACUGCAGAUGCAAACGUGAUCCUCACGGAAGAGCUCUCAGGGGGUGGUGAACUUCUUGAUGAACUUCCUGGCCAUGAUCUUGCCAAUUGGCAGAACCAGAUCGGCUUCAAAGUCAGUCCGCUCUUUCUCAAGCUGACAGCCAUGACUCUUCCAAGUGCCUCGGGAACGCCAUUUCCGGGACUCCAGACAGAGAUGCUAGAUGCGAUGCUGUCCGGAGAAGUGGAUGCCUCUCUGGCCUUCGAAGAUCGACAACUACCAGAGAUCAAAAGUCGUCGCCCUCCAGGUGUGAUGACCUUGAAGGAGUGGGGUCAGUUGAAGUUCCCGGAAGGGAAGUGGCGGCACAAGUCCUUCUUUCAGGCAUACCAGGAGGACCCAAAGUACGGCAAGUUCAUGAAGGAGCACAGGAAACUGGUGUCAGCUUGGGCACUGAGUUUUCAGGCUUACGUGGAAGCCAUGGACAGGAUGCAGGAAGAUUGCUCGAAGGCCUUCUACCAGGAGUAUGCCAGACAGUGGGCCAAAGCCGAGAUGUCCAAGAUGUAUCCGAAGGCAGAGAUCGAGAAGAGUCAAGGACCAGAGUGGGAGCUGUUGACAGGAGGGGUGACAUCGCGUCCGAUGAGCACGAUGUCAUCACCAAGUCAGAAGCGCCCCAUGGAAGAAGAGCAGUCGCAGAUGGCGAUCGAGGUGCAGCAGAAAGAGGAGAUGAUCACUCGCAUGGCGAUCUUGCAGCGCGAGAUGGACAAGAUCAAGGCCGACUUGGAGGGUCAAGCUGCGCUUUGGAAAGUUUUGGAGGAAGAGCGACCGAGAGAAGUCUGGAUGGCACCAGAAUGCAAAUAUUGGGGCAACUUCAGUCGCAGAAACAUGGGCAGGUUUGAUGAGAAGCCACUGGUUUUGGAUGAGUUGCAUGUUUGUGAUGUUGAUGAAGCUUUUGUUGCCGGAGUUGUCAAAAGAAAAAGAGUGUCCGCUGCAGCAGUUCCAGAGAGCUUAGAAGAGCCGGUUUCAGCAGAAGUGAAGCGUCCAAGGUAUCACUGCAAACAGACACCAGCAGGUGACCACGGAUGUGCAGCCGGUGAAUAUUGGGAUGGCAUUUUCAAGAAAAUUGAAACCAUGGUUCCACGGGUAGGCAAACGUGUUUUGGAUGAUGAUGGGGUUUUAGCUCAGAUUCAGAAGGGGGCCCCAAACUUGAAGGUUCAGAGGGUUGAAGCCUGUAGGGGAACUGAGAGGUUGCGCCUUCCUGGAGCUGAUGCGGACCCAGAAACCAUCCCGUUGAGAUUGACCGUGGUCAAAGACCGCAUCACGGGUCAGUCAAUGGUACUUGGCCCAGCUGAGGAAUGGGCUGCUCUGCCAAAAAGGCAGCAAAUUCGAAAGGGUCAAUCUGCAAAGAUGAGCCUCACCAUUUUUGGAAGUUUUCCAAAGUCAGGGGAGCUUGAGACAAUGGGGUCUGAUAAGGAAGCAGGCAUGCGGAACCUCAUUUGGUUCAAGGAGCUCUGGAUUAUCAGUGCGACAGUUGUGCGGAAACAAAAGCUGGUCCAGAGGGGUGCCAAUCUACGUAGAGAUCGUGGUCGCUGGUAUGGGCCAGCGAGUGUUGUUGCAGUCGAAGGGUCCAAGAAUGUUUGGUUGAAUCAUGCUGGAAAGCUAGUGCGCACGAGCCCUGAGCAACUUCGUGCAGCCAGUUUUCGGGAGUGGAAGCAGGCCAAAGAGUUGCUCACAGAGUCUGGCCCAGGGAACUCAGAUUUACAGAGAGCCCUCAAUGAUGGCAGUUUCAUUGAUGUAGAUGGGGAGGAUUUUCCUGACUGGGAAGCUGAAACAGAGGGAUAUGACCCAUCAAUUGGGGAGCCCGAAGGAGAGUUGUCAGUUCAGCCACCUGGGACACCUAAUGGGGAGUUGAGCAAUCAGUCUGAACCGCCUCAAGGAGUGGAACAGUCAGAGAAUGAACUCCCUGAUUACGUGCGUGUGCCGGUUCCAGAAAGUGUCAGUGAGUCCGAUGGUGAUGCCUCACAGGCGGGCGUCAAUCUUGAACCAACGGAUGACCUUCUGUUUGGAGAUGACAUCACCAUGUCUGCAGAUGAUAGGUGUUGCCAGUUCUGGGAGAUUGAAAUUCCUGUUGAAAACCAUGAAGAGCAUGCACUGUUUUGCGCUGGAUCAGCAGAUGAAAGUGUGUUGUUGGUGACUGGAGCAAAGAAGAAACGAGUUGAAGUCCGUUUCAGUGAUUUAAGCAGUGCUGACCAACAGCGCAUGGCGGUGGCCAAGCACAAAGAAAUAGGCGCCUGGCUCAAACAUGGAACUGUGAGAAAAGCAUCCAAAGGAAAAAUUCCUGAGGAAGCAAUCAUGCGCUGCCGAUGGCUGCUCACCUGGAAAUCAGCCUCAUCUGAGGAUCACCCCAAGGAUGUGAGUGAGGGUCGUAAGGCAAAGGCCCGGUUGAUUGUUGUUGGAUACGAGGAUCCUGGAGUUGGGGUGGUUCAAAAUGAUUCACCCACACUCACCAAAGAUGGAAGACAGAUGGUGGUGCAACAGGUGAGUAGUCAUGGUUGGGAACUAGUUUCCUUCGAUGUCUCAACUGCCUUUCUUCAAGGCGAAGGAGACGGCCGCUUGCUUGGUUUGUAUCCCACCCCAGAGUUAACAGAAGCCCUUGGGUUGGAACCUGGUGAUCAGUGUCAAUUGGUAGGAAAAGAGAAAUAUGCCCAUCAGGGAUGUUUGAUUUUUGUCACGACUCCAGAGUUGCUGGAGAACAAGAGAUCAGUGGUAGCACCAGAAUUCUGGAUUGUCCUGUUGAUCUUAGAACCUUGGGGUUGGAGAGAGUCAGCCAAGGUACUUUAG